ACCUAUGUUCCAAAAACAUUACCAGUUGUGACACAAUUAACAAAUACCCACAAGAAAUUCUCCCACUCCCAUUUUUUUAUUUACUUCAGAAUAAGAAGAAAAAAAGAGAGAGAGAGAGAGAGAAUCCUCCUCCGCCGCCGGCGAUGAUGAUUGCUUACCUCGAACCGUUUCUACAAGACACCGAUUCCCGCCGGCCACACGACGGCUCCGCCCUAUGCGAAGCUCUACAGCUUCAAUUACAAGGUGGCGUCAGUACCGACUCGCGGGACACAGGUUUAGCCGGGAAGGAUUUCGGGGGGCUACAUUCCUUAACUCCGUUGGCUUUGGUAACUCCAGCUGGUGCCGAUGACGUGGCGAAGGUAGUGAAAUCAGCUGUACAAUCGUCUAAUCUAACGGUAGCAGCGAGAGGUAACGGCCACUCAAUUAACGGCCAAGCGAUGACGGAUGGAGGUUUGGUUUUGGACAUGCGUGCCAUGGAGGAUAAUUUCCGUGUCGUAACAAUUAAUGGAUUUUCUUAUGCCGACGUGUCGGGAGGGGCAUUAUGGGAAGACGUCUUGAAACGCUGCGUUUCAAGUUACGGAUUAGCUCCUAGGUCAUGGACGGAUUACCUUAGCUUAACCGUCGGCGGUACACUGUCUAACGCCGGCGUUAGUGGCCAGGCUUUCCGGUACGGACCACAAAUUUCCAACGUGGCUGAAUUGGAAGUCGUCACUGGAAAAGGCGAUACUUUAAUUUGUUCGGAAAAUGAAAAUUCUGAAUUGUUUUUUAGCGUUCUUGGUGGUUUAGGUCAGUUUGGAAUUAUCACAAGAGCUCGUGUUUUGCUUCAGCCAGCUCCGGAAAUGGUGAGAUGGAUUAGAUUGGUUUAUGAUGAAUUUGAAAGGUUUGCUCACGAUGCCGAAUCCUUAAUACGGCGGCCGGAAGGUGACUCGUUUGAUUACGUGGAAGGCUUUGUUUUUUCGAACAACGAUGACCCAUUAACCGGAAGACCGACAGUGCCGUUAGACUCCAAUACUGUAUUUGACUCGUCUUAUUUACCGGAAACCGCCGGUUCGGUUCUCUAUUGCCUCGAAGUCGCCGUUCACUACCGGAACAACGACCAAGUCUCAACCGUCGACACGGAUGUUGAGAGAUUGCUGAGUGGGCUUGGGUAUGUAAAGGGGCUGAGAUUUGAGGUGGACCUAAGUUACAUACAAUUUUUGUCACGUGUGAAGCGUGCGGAAGAGGAAGCAGUUGCCAACGGUGUAUGGGAUGCGCCUCAUCCUUGGCUUAAUCUCUUCGUGUCCAAAUCUGAUAUCGCUGAUUUUGAUCGUGUGGUCUUCAAGACUCUCCUUAAAAAUGGGGUCGGUGGGCCUAUGCUCGUCUACCCUCUUCUGCGAAGCAAGUGGGAUUCACGGACAUCGGUGGUGUUACCGGAAGGGGAAGUGUUGUACUUAGUGGCGUUGUUACGAUUCACUCCUCCGAACCCUAAACCAGCAUUGGUUAAUAAAUUAGUGGAACAAAAUCGUGAAAUAAUCAAUAUAUGCAAUGCGAAUUGCAUUGACUUCAAACUCUACUUGCCACAUUACCAUUCAGAAAAGGAGUGGAAGCUUCAUUUUGGGAAUCAGUGGAGUAGAUUUGUGGAGAGAAAAGCUUGGUUUGAUCCAAUGGCUGUUCUUGCUCCAGGUCAAAAGAUCUUCACUAGAAUUUCACGCAAACAUUAAGUUGAUUUUUUUUUUCUUUUUUAAUCCCAAAACUCCAAAUUUUUUUUAUUAACAAAAAUAUUGAUAUUGUUAGCUUCGAAAGCAAAACCCAACCCACAAUUUCUCGUAGUGGAGAGCACAAAGCUUUAUUUAUGUUGCUAUCAUUCAUAAAAACAAAUAUCGAUGCAAUGUAUAUGAGAAAAUGAUUUUUUUAAUGGAGCAAAAAAAAAAAAAAAAAAAAAACUACAAAACUUGAUCAUUUGGGUUUUUAGGAGAUGA